CACCCCACCCCACAUCUCCUCACUUCACACCACUCCCGCCAUUGUCCUGCGCCUUUCUGCACCGCCACACACACCCCGCUCCAAUCCAAUGGCGCCUCGCCAAGCCGUCCUCGCGGUCGUGGUCCUCGCCGCGCUGCUCCCGUUCGCCCUCUCUCGCGGGCUGCGGCUUGGCCACCACCGCGCCCAGCCGCACCCGAGGCCGCACGGCCACGCACCGCUCGGAGGUGGCGCGUGGUCCUCGGCUCACGCCACCUUCUACGGCGGCGGCGAUGCGUCCGGCACCAUGGGCGGGGCGUGUGGGUACGGCAACCUCUACAGCCAGGGGUACGGCACCAACACGGCGGCGCUGAGCACGGCGCUCUUCAACAACGGCCUCAGCUGCGGCGCCUGCUUCGAGGUGCGGUGCGACGCGGCGGGGGGCGGCGGCCGCUCGUGUCUGCCGGGCUCCGUCGUGGUGACGGCCACCAACUUCUGCCCGCCCAACAACGCGCUCCCGUCCGACGACGGCGGCUGGUGCAACCCGCCGCGCGCCCACUUCGACAUGUCGCAGCCCGUGUUCCAGCGCAUCGCGCUCUACAGGGCUGGCAUUGUCCCCGUCUCCUACCGCAGGUCCGUGCUCCGUGGUUGUUUAUUUUGCCCGUGUAUAGCAAAACAAGAAGGGAAAGGAACUCGAGCAGAUCUGAGAGCCGCGCUUGUUUGUUUGUUUGUUUGUUUGUUUGUUUGUUUCCUAUCCUACGUGCUGUGCAGGGUCGCGUGCAACAAGAAGGGCGGCAUCCGGUUCACCAUCAACGGCCACUCCUACUUCAACCUGGUGCUGGUGACCAACGUGGGCGGCGCCGGCGACGUGCACGCGGUGGCCGUGAAGGGCGACCGUUCCGCGGGGUGGCAGGCCCUGUCGCGCAACUGGGGCCAGAACUGGCAGAGCAACACGCUCCUGGACGGGCAGGCCCUCUCCUUCCGCGUCACCACCAGCGACGGCCGCUCCGUGGUCUCCAGCAACGCUGCCCCGCGCGGCUGGGGCUUCGGCCAGACCUUCAGCGGGGCCCAGUUCAACUGAACACCCUCCAUCGUUCCCGCAGCGUCGUCUCGUCCGUCGUCGACGCGGUGCCACAAGUAGUAGUUUUCCGUUGGUCGUGGUAGAGUCGUCCACCCUCACUCGGAGCUUGCCGAGAGGCGCCAUGGUUUUAUGAAUGGUGCAUCUCGCUUUGGAUCUGGGGAAUUACCAGUAGUUUAGGCCUAGUAUUAGCGCGGGUUUUGUCGUGCUGGUGUUAGCCUGGUUGGUGUGGUAGCGUUUUGCUUGGUUGUUUUGGAAUUGGAAGUGGUGGUAAGGCUGGCUUGCAGAUUAACGGAGGUAGGCCGCCUUUUAUCACCCGCCAAUUAAGCAUUUGUGGGGUCUCAUGGUGAUGGCCUCUUUCGGAUGAGAUGUUUUGCGUGUUACCCAAGUGUGUUGGUUGUAAUGAACCCUAUUAAGUUUGUGCUGGAACUUCAGUAUGCAUAGUCAUUUGGUUCGCUAUCUAA